CACACACACACACACACACAGAAAGAGUUCAUCCCCCACCCAUAUACUCCAGGCGUAUAGUCAGGAGCCUCAUUGCGACAGUGGAGGGUUGUAAAAGACCAGAUAAGCCACUCUGGGAAUGGGACCACAAAUCAGACGCAAGAGAAACUUUUUUUCCUUUAGGGUCUUCCUACUCCGAAGACAUCUCUUUACACAAAGAGAAUAACUUUUCCACUGAAUGGAAGAAAAAACAUAUAUAAGAAAUUUGCAAAUGGGAUAAAGUAAGGAUAUUUGCGCUUUUUUAAAUCUAAUUUAUUUUUUUUUUCUUUUCUAACAGGCUUCCAACAGUCUGUUUUAUAUAAGCAAAUCAGUCUUAAUUUCAGGUGUAACUUAGCAGCACGAUUUUUUAUUGGCUUUAUAGGCCUUCCAGUGAUUUGACUCGCCAAGGCUUUUCUGAUAAGCUUAAAACAGGAAUCUGGAGGUGCUGCUCCAAAUCGGCCAGGCUCCGAGAGACUGUCCCAGAAUAAAACAACGGAAGUCUUUUGUUGGAAGGGCCCGCUGUGAUUUCUAAAGGUGCGUCUCCUGGGCUCUGUUGUAUGGCGCUGAAAGGUGUCAGAGCAGAGAGGUUAGUGGCUUUCAAACUUCAUCACCAUGGCAAAGUGGUUCAAAGAGUUCCCUAUCAAUCUGAAGAAUGGUACCGAUAGGAUCCGCUCGGCCUCGGAAUCAGGGUCCCAACCGAGAGCCAAGCCCGGGCUGGUGGCCAGCAUCGGUACCAAAGCAACAGGCUCCAAAGCCGGUCAGCGCAAAAACUCCUCCGCUGACAGCACUGGAGGAGGAGGUGGAGGUGGAGGAGUCAGCUCUCUCCUGUCUGGAAGAAACAGAAAGAAUUCAGCCAUCGAGUUGGGCAGGAACGGCUCCAGUUCACCAAAGGAUGGCAAGGUUUGGGACACCCUCAUACCUGGGAAAAGUCGCAAGAACUCCAAAGCCGAGCCCGUGCUUGAGGAGCAGCACCGGGCCCCGAAGAGCUCCGCGCCGGCCUACAUCAGCCGGCUGAUCAGGGUGGACAAACAGGACAAAAGCCCCAACUUUAACAGCGGUACCAUCAUCAGUCAAGUGGUACCCGAGGUGGAAAAAACACCAAGCAAAACAGAAACAGUGAUCAUCCUCGAGGAUUACGCAGAUCCCUUUGAUGCUCAGAAGACCAGAGAGCAAAGGGAGGCAGAGCGGGUUGGGGAGAACGACGGCUACAUGGAGCCGUACGACGCCCAGCAGAUGAUCAGUGAGAUCAGACGUCGGGGAUCCAAGGACCUGCUGAAGGUGUGUGUUGUGGUGGAGGGCAGUGAGGGAACUCUGGAGGAGAGCCAGCCCGCACCUUUACAGAUCUAUGAUGUCCCAUAUGAGGGCGGCGGCGACGGCGAGAAGACCGCAGUCACGCGGCCGGAGCUGGACACUCGUCCCUCCACUGAGUACGAGCUGCCGUGGGAGUGGAAGAAGGAACAUAUUGUCAAAACUCUGUCAGCACAGUUUGACAGCCCUGAACGCCCCUCUUUAACCAAAGAUGAAGCACCUCACCUUACACUCACAAGGCAACCCCAGCAUCCACCGGCCCAGCAGCAGCAGCAGCAGCCGCCGCAGCAUCUCAGGCAGAAAAGCUGGACUCAGAAGAUCCUGAAGUCCUCUCCAACUUUGUCUCCUUCCUCCAGCCACAGCAGCAGUCCCGAGACCGAGGCCUGCCGUGUCGACCCGUCUUUGCCCCUUGAGAAACAGAGCUGGUACCAUGGCUGUGUGAGUCGGCAGGAGGCGGAGUUUCAGCUGCAGUCCUGCAAGGAGGCCAGCUUCCUGGUCAGGAACAGUGAAUCCGGCACCAGCAAGUACUCUAUCGCCCUCAAGACAAGCCAAGGCUGCGUUCACAUCAUUGUUGCCCAGACCAAAGAGAACGGCUACACCCUGGACCAGAGCAGCUGCGUGUUCCCCAGCAUCCCGGAGGUGGUGCACCACUACUGCACUAAGCGUCUGCCUUUCAACGGUGCUGAGCACAUGACCCUGCUGCACCCGGUGCCUCGUAUCCACUAACCCUACCCCACCUCAUCCAACCACGCAAAACAAACACACCUCUGGAUCUGUACGGAACAAAAAAAAAAAAAAAAAAAAAAACAUCAUUUAAGACCUCAUCGCCCAUCAGUUAAGCUUCAGUUCCACCUCUCCUUUUUCUUCCCAGAAUAUUUAGAUUUAUUUGUCGGCCCAUAUUACUCUACUUCAUGUGUCGUUUGUAUUAGUUUUCUUUGAGGUUGCAGCCUGUCUCCUGAGGUGUCCUCACUUUACUUUGAUGUGCAGCUGAUGCAAAACACCCAGACUGCUGUUUUGCAUGUGAACACAAGGGGGGCACCACAGAGAGGGCCAGGCGCUUUUAUUGAAUAAAUGUAACUGUCAGUCCCAGUUUAAUUGUGAAAGGACAGAUAUGAGCUUUAAUCUCUCUAAUGCUUAACUAUCAAGGUGAUGAUUAUAAUAUUUUUUUUAUAAUUACUGUUAUUAUUGGUUGGAAAUUGACUUUGAAGCAGAAUGUACUUUUGAUGAGAGAAACCUUUUAGUUUAUGGUUGUCUUUCUCCCCCUGGUGGACGUGCUGGUACACUGCACCGACUGAACCCUCCAGCCUACUGACUCUCUGCUCUUCUUGAAGUUGAUCGUGGGAGAAAUUCACACCCCUACUUUAGCCUUCCACUCAAAAUGUGAACAAAAAAAGACCCGCUACCGUUGAUUCAUGCCCACAGCAGAUUUGUAAUGUGCUAUUGUCCUUGUCCUUGUUCGUUUUUGUUUAACUGUGUUGUCCUUUGAGGAAUUUUACUGUGAAUGAGGGAACUGUGUCUACCAUCUGCACUGUGAACCAUUAAGUGAUUCACCCUGAUGCAAUGUCCAAUGGCUCGACAAUGUUUGGUCUUUGUCUGAACCGGAGCUGAGGUCAUGCAAUUUGGGGUUUUCAGUUAAACAGCGUUUUUCACUCUGGAUGAUGUUUGUAUGGAUAAUCUAAUCUACUCUACCAAAUAAUACAUUGCUGAUUUGAUUAAUUGGUUUCGUGUAAUUUCUGGUGAGGAAACAUUUGCAUAGUAUGUUAUUAAAGUAAUAUUAUUCAAUGAAAGGCAAUUCUCUGCCAGUAACUUGUUGGGACCUGAAUAGAGGGAUGUUUCUCAGACAUUGAUGAGGAAAUGAAUCACAAAUACUGAAACAGCUUUGAACCGCUGCAUAAAAGAAAUGCCAAUCCUGUCGUGCACUCUCCUAUUUCAAUAUUGUUUAAUCUGACUCCAUUAAAUACAAGGUUACAGCUGUUCCUCACCCUCAGUGCUUGGAAACAGAACAGCAAAAUGAAAAGUGCCGACACCGUUGCAUGUACUAAAUUCUUUGUUUUUUAUUUCUGUCUGGAUUUGAAAUAUGUUUUGCAUACAUUGUGCGCAGGUCUGCUCUUAAUGUAGUGACAAGCUGCACACAUUUUUGGGCAACAGUAUGUGAGCCCAGUGUCGGCCAUUAGUAAUAAAACAUAGUAUAACUGAUGUUAAAUCAUGUCUUUUUCUUUGGAGUGAGGCCAUUCCCAUGUCUUUUCGUGGAUUUAUUGGAAGGCAGUGUGUAGUUUUUGGCAGAGCACUCCAGCAGAGGUAGGUUAUGUGAGGAGACACCUGCUAUACGUAUUUCACUGUUUGCUUUUGGUAUGUGGACACCUGUUGUUGAAACAUGAAUGAACUAUAAAAACAGAUUAUAAUAAAAAAGGUCCUGAAUUUCAA